AUGGAGAAGUUGGCUACUGAGGAUGCCAGGGAAAAUAUCCCUAAAUCCAUCGAUGAUGAUGAUGAUGCCGAUGACGUCGUGGAUACUGCUGCUGACCAUGAAGACAUUCGUUCUUCCACCUCUACAUUUCUAAAUGUUGGUGAUGAAGAUGAUAAAGAUGAAUAUGAUGAUGAUGAGGAUUCUAAACCUCAACUUCCAAAUACAGUUACUGAUCUUGGUGGUAAUGAUGAUGAUGAUGAUGACGAUGAUGAUGAUUUCUACGUCCAAAUCAUACCAAUACUACCAGCAAAAGGAAUCUUCAUCAGAAAACCUGCUUUCGAGGGGGAUAAAUCAUCAAGAAACCAACACUCCUCAGAUAAAGGAAAACGAGUGGCUGAUGAAAACCUCUCCCUAGUUCUUGGGGCGAUCAGUCAAUCUGAGAAUGUAGACAUUUCCAGGUUUGUACCUCUCUCUGCAACAAACCCUCCUGGUCUCUCAAACCAUAUCUUAUCUAUUGAAACCCUAGAGGACAAUGAAGAUGGAGAUGAAGUCAACACUCUAAAACCCAGGAAGUCAUCUAGACAACUUAAGUAUUCAUAA